AUGGCCGGAUAUUUUAAUUACUCUAAGGAAAUCCGCGGUUUAACCGGCAAAGAAUACAAUUUGCUAGAUACUAAAGACCCAAAUAGCCUAAAACUUUACGCUACUAAUGAUGCAGCCUACGUCGAUCCAGAUGACCCAGGUCACACUAUUCCCGAUACUUACGAGCAAAUUACUGGCAUACAAGGAGGGGAUCCCAGAACUCCAAUUAUCGGUGUUCCGCCAAUGUCUGGUUUCCUACAAAAUUUUGCACGAGACUUGAAUAUUAGCAAGACUGAUGUCGCAAGAUUGAAACAUAUUAUGAAUGCUUUCAAGCCAACUGAUUUGCCGGUCACAUACGAGCUGGCAAAGAAUUUCGCGUUGUUUGAUGGAUGGUAUGCGAGCGUUCCUGGUCCAACUACGCCUAAUCGAUUGUAUAUUCACACGGCAACCUCAAAUGGUGUAUAUGAAACUACUAGCGACGCAAGUCCAUUUGAACAAAGAUCUAUUUACGAUAAUCUUGACGAAAAAAACAUUACUUGGAAAAAUUAUUAUUCCAUAUUCCCGGAGUUGCUCUUUGCCAAGAGCCUUCAAACAAAGUCUGGAUACUCGAAGAUGAAAAAGUUGGAAGUGUUUUUCGCAGACGCUAAAGCUGGAACUCUACCGCAAUACAGUGUUGUUAAUCCCACUUUUGCAGGCUGGCCUUGCUUUGAUAGUGAACCUAAUGACGAGCAUCCACCUUACAGCGUUGCAAACGGCGAACCAUUUAUUAAAACAAUUUAUGAAGCUUUGCGUGCCUCACCUCAAUGGAACAGUUCUUUAUUUAUAAUCACUUGGGACGAACAUGGCGGAUUCUACGACAAUGUCCCGCCACCAUCUAAUGUUCCACCGCCAGAUAAUGUCACUGCACCAAUCUUCAAUUUCGAUCGUCUUGGAAUUCGUGUACCAACGCUUUUGAUUUCGCCUUGGAUUAAAAAAGGAAUAAUUGUUCAUGAUCCUCCGAAAAAAGGCUCUUACUUUGAGCAUACUUCAAUUCUGGCCACAUUGAAAAAGAUCUUUGGUCUCCCAAAAUUCCUGACUAGACGCGAUGCCUGGGCAGGCACAUUUGAAUAUCUUUGGGACAAAGUAGAGUCCCCACGUACAGACACUCCAACUACGCUUCCGAACGCUCCAACAUCAACAAACAAAAGUCGCAAACAUCGUAGAUCUCGAGUUAAGGCUAGAGAUACUUCUGCUUUAGAAGCUUGUAUGCAAGUAAAAGCAUUGGUCGAUCAAUAUCUGCAAUGA